GCGGGCCGUGGGCCCACGCCUGUGGGGGUGAGCGGCGGAGGGGCAUCAUGGGGGAGGCCGCGGUGCCCUCUGAGCCCUGCCCGCUGCGCGAGGACAGCUUCACACGCUUCUCGUCGCAGAGCAACGUGUAUGGACUGGCGGGCGGCGCGGGCGGGCGCGGGGAACUGCUGGCCGCCACCCUUAAAGGCAAGGUGCUGGGCUUCCGCUACCAAGACCUCCGACAGAAAAUCCGGCCAGUGGCCAAGGAGCUGCAGUUCAACUACAUUCCCGUGGAUGCUGAGAUUGUCUCCAUCGACACCUUCAACAAGUCACCCCCAAAACGAGGUCUGGUUGUGGGGAUCACCUUCAUCAAGGAUUCAGGGGACAAGGGUAGUCCCUUCCUUAAUAUUUACUGUGACUAUGAGCCUGGUUCCGAGUACAACCUGGAUUCCAUUGCCCAGAGCUGCCUGAACUUGGAGCUGCAGUUCACUCCUUUCCAGCUGUGCCAUGCAGAGGUCCAGGUCGGGGAUCAGCUGGAAACCGUGUUUCUCCUGAGUGGAAAUGACCCAGCCAUUCACCUCUACAAGGAGAAUGAGGGACUGCAUCAGUUUGAGGAACAGCCAGUAGAAAACCUCUUCCCGGAACUCACGAACCUGACCAGUAGCGUCCUCUGGCUUGACGUGCGUAACCUCCCUGGCACCUCGCGGAGGCUGUCAGCCCUCGGCUGCCAGAGCGGCUAUGUCCGUGUCGCCCACGUGGACCAACAGAGUCGUGAGGUUUUGCACACCUGGACAGUCCAGCAGGACGGCCCCAUCUCCCGCGUGAUCAUCUUUAGCCUCUCGGCCCCCAAGGAGACUAAGGACGAGCCACAGCAAGACGAAUACAGCGUGCUGGUGGCCAGCAUGUUGGAACCGGCGGUGGUGUACCGGGACCUACUGAACCAGGGCCUGGAGGACCAGCUGCUUCUGCCGGGCAGCGAUCAGUUUGACAGUGUCCUCUGUGGCCUGGUCACCGACGUAGACCUGGACGGGCGCCCAGAAGUCCUGGUAGCCACCUAUGGUCAGGAGCUGCUGUGUUACAAAUACUGGGGUCCCGAGUCGGGGCUCCCCAAGGCCGAGCAGGGCUUCCGCCUACUGUGGCGACGUGGCUUUCCCAGCCCACUCCUGGCACUGGCCCACACAGACCUGACAGGGGACGGGCUGCGGGAGCUGGCCGUGGUCUCCCUGAAGGGCCUGCACGUGCUGCAGCACAGCUUGACCCAGGCCUCCGAGCUGGUCCUGUGCCGGCUCCGACAGGAAGUCGAGCAGCGGAGACGGCAGCCACAGCAGUGCGGGGACCAGGAGGGCUCAGGACCUGCAGGGAGCUCAGCCCCCUGAGCUGGGACCCUUCCUUGGAGGUUCUCCGUCCACCCCAUGAAGGAGGAACAUGUUUCCCAGACACCCUGUGCCCCACUCUGACACAUGCCUCUGAGCCUCCUGUGAGAAUGGCGUGGUCUUCUCGACCAUCCCCUUCCAC